AUAACAAAUCGUCAGCCAGUCGUUGUCCGUUAGCGGUGGGAUCGAGACUGAAAUUUUUCACUUGUACUUUUUUAUUUCCAAAUACUCAUCGGAACAUCGUCUUCUAACUAAAAAAAGUUGUCUAGUAGUUAGCUAGUCUUCGCUUAUCAAAUUCAAGGUGCAUCAUUCACAAGUCCAGCGGAAACAGUGCACCAAUGCAGACCUUCAAAAGUGUGUGUGUGUAUGUUAGCUGAUUAUUGGUCUUGCUUUCAAAUUGUUUCAACCCAAUCGUAUUGUGAUCAUUGUGUGUCCCUGAAAUUUAACGAAUUGACGCAAUCAUGGCGAUUGGUGUAAUGUGGAUCGGCGUAAUGUUGACGCUCUCCUGCUGGACCGUUUGUUCGAUCGAUGGAUUAACAUCCGGAUCGAGUGCCAGUGUACCUUCCGUUCUCGGCAGUGCCGUCAACAAUGGUGGAAGUAACAGUGGCAGCAGUCCAGUCUUGGCAGUUAAAAAAGACGCCCGUUGCGAAGAGAUUACCAUCCCAAUGUGCCGCGGGAUCGGAUACAAUUGGACAUCCAUGCCCAACUCUCUCCAUCAUGAAACUCAAGAAGAGGCGGGACUAGAAGUGCAUCAAUUCUGGCCUUUGGUGGAGAUCCAGUGUUCUCCUGACAUGCGAUUUUUCCUCUGCUCCAUCUACGCUCCGAUUUGCAUUCAAGACUAUCCAACAUCUAUUCCUGCAUGCAAAUCCGUUUGUCUCCGUGCUGAAUCCGGAUGUGCUCCACUGAUGAGAAAAUACGGAUUCGCUUGGCCCGAUCGGAUGCAGUGCGACAAGUUCCCCAAUUUCGGUGAUCCGCAGAACCUCUGCAUGGACGCGCGUAACGGCAGUUUGCCUCCGCCAACUAUAACUCCACCGCCGUCGCAACUAUUGCCACUUCCGCCCGAAUCCAUCGAGCCGAUGGAAAGGCCGAAACAAAGGCCUGGCUUGAUUCCAUCCAAAAUCAACUGCAAAGGCCCCAAUAAACGUCUCUGCUCUCCCGAUGAAUUGAUGAUGAGCACGGGGUCGUCGUGCGAAUGUCAGUGUCGCCCUCCACUCAUCCGGCUGGGACCGAACGAUGGCCGCUAUAAUCGCUCGUCCAGUUUGAGUGUUGGCGGUAUCCCGAAUUGCCUUUUGCCGUGUUCCAGUCCGUUCUUCUCCGAAGAUGAGCAAUGGUUCGCUUCGCUGUGGAUCGCUCUCUGGGCCGCCAUUGCCGCCUUGUCAUCCGCGCUCACCUUUGCCACUUUUCUCAUCGAUCGACCUCGAUUCAGGUAUCCAGAGAGACCAUUGAUCUUCUUGUCGGCUUGUUACGUCGGUCUUAGUCUCGGCUAUCUGGUAAGAGUCGUCGUCGGUGGCCGGGACGUGGUUGCCUGCGAAGGCAACGCCAUCCGUUACGGCGCCGCUCCGUCGCUCAUCACAACUGGAACCGGAGCCAGUUUUAUCGGUGUCAGCAGCUCCACUUCCAGUCCGGCCUGUGUCGUCACCUUCUUACUCGUCUACUUUUUCGGUCAAGCCGCUGGAUUGUGGUGGGUGAUUCUGUCGUUGACCUGGUUCUUGGCCGCUGGACGUAAAUGGGGUAGUGAAGCAAUCGCUCGAUGCUCACCCUAUUUCCACUUGGUUGCGUGGACUAUUCCGGCCGUUCAAACAGCCGCUGCUUUGCUAAUGGCAGCUGUGGAUGGCGAUUCAUUAGCCGGCGUUUGCCACGUCGGUGUCCAGCAAACGGCGUUGCUCCGAUGGCUGGUUCUCUUCCCUUUAGGCCUGCAUUUACUCCUCGGUGGAGGUUUCCUGCUAGCUGGACUAGCCGGUUUGGCUCGCAUCCGACGCGUCCUCAAAGAACAGGGCAGGCCUAAAGCCGAGAAGCUCGAAAAAUUGAUGAUACGAAUCGGUAUCUUCAGCGUACUCUAUUCAGUUCCAGCUGCAAUUUUGCUGGGCUGCUACGCCUACGAGGUAGCCUACCAUGUUGAAUGGGGACGGACGCUCACCUGUUCCGGUUGUCCGUCGUCAGUGGAUGCAACCCUAUUGCCAUCCUAUCAAUCACGUCCCGACUUUUCCAUCUUCAUGCUCAAGUAUUUCAUGACAUUGGUUGUGGGUAUCACGUCCGGAUUUUGGAUCUGGUCGCACAAAACGUUGGAUUCUUGGCGUAAGUUCUACCGACGGCUUUGUCAUUCACGGCCCAAGACGCCGAUCCCGCACGGGCAUCAACAACAGCAGCCGCAGCAGCUGCAUCAUCAUCAUCAACAACAGCAGCAACAGCAACAACAACAAUUCCAACAGCAACAGCAGCAGUGUCAACUGAUGGCUCCUACUGUGCCGCCACUACCGGGCCAGCAUCACCAUCAGUACCCGAUGAGUAACAAAUCGUCCAGCUUGAUCAAACAGCCAUUGAUGCAGAGCGUUCAGAGUCAUCUGGGCAGCACGUACAAAGCGCCACCGUUGAGUCACGUUUGAGUCACUUUUCUCCCCCUUUUUUUUUUUCUCAUCCGUCGGUUGAGCCUUCGCAGCCUCCGCCCUGGAUACCCCCCUCCAUUCCAAUCUGAAUAACUUGAAUUCAAACAUUAUCUCAUCAAGUUUUACGUUGCUAGGGGACCAACUUUUUUUCUCCCUCCUUCUUACCAUUCUCUUUUCUCUCCCCCCCACUUUUGCUCCUGUUCACAUUGAACCAACAGAGAAGGGUCGCGUAUUGAUCGUGCGGAUUCCCCUCGGUUCCACCAUCCUCCCAACUGGGCUCUCCAUCGCAGCCAAGGGACGUCGAAAAACGUAAAGCUGAAGCUUAAAAAAGCCUAGAACCACACAACCAAAACUCUUGAUCGUUAAGGAGGGACAAAACUCUUUUGUUUCUGGCCUUUUUUUUUUUAUCUUGGAGUUCCCAUGGAAUUUUGUUUUAAUUCUUCCAAGUCUAUUCAAAGAGAAAAAAAAGUCAUUAAUGAUGGAUUAACUCAAGGAAGAAGACAAAUCUCUCAACCUUUUUUUUCGAUGGUAUUACCUGUAAGCAGAAAAAAGGUGAAGAAGAUCCGGUCAUCAACUCCCAAUAGACGCGUAGGGGGAAGUCCAUCAUCGUCGUCGACUUAUACACAAAUUUACUAUUUUUAACGACAACGUCGAAAAUAUUUUUGAAAGGUUUUUCUACUCCCCCAUUUUUUUCUUUUCUUUGUGGGGUACACGAAGAGAGAAAUUGGAGACGCGUUUUGUCUGUUUAUGUGUGUGUGUGUGUGAGCGAGAAGAUGUGCAGGCCCCCUCCGUUUAUGUCAACACUUUUGACACCCCAUACUCUUCAAACUCUUCCUUCUGCACACACACACACACAACACGCACUUACGAUAUACUACCUUAUGUACAUACAUAUACAUAGUAAACUGCUAUAUAAUAUAAAUAUUUUUUAAUUUUAUUGUGUUAUAUUGUGUAUACCUUGUGACUCCCUUUUCCUUCUUUUGUAUUUUUGUUUCGCCUCUCGCAGUUCUAGUCACGCAAUUCCCCUCAUCCCUUUUGGACCAGGUAGAAAAUGUUUUGAUUUUCGUGUCCCGUGUGUGCCAUGAUUGUUAAUAUUUAUAUUCUAUCUAUAGGCUUAUAAUUAAUUAUGCAAAAACACAAUUUCUUCUCACGAUCGAAUCAGAUGGUUUUCUAGGGGAAAAAAAAAUUAAAUCCAAACAAUAAAAGGUAUACGAAUCUAAGCCCCGUCAUCUUUGUUGUAAUAAAUGUCCAUGUGAGUGUGUGUAAUGUGUCUGCGUCCAUCAACACGGUGGAUGCUGUGAAGUUCGGCCAUCUUUUUUGUUUAUUUUGUACGUAUAUAUGUGUUUGUAUAAUGGAGCGAGCUACCUGUUUUUGUCAAAACCGUCGUACGAUUGCGAUAAUAAACAAAAACCCCCGUC